CCCGCCCCUUCCUCUCUCUCUCUCUCUCUCUCUCCGUGCCUGUAUAUCAUCGUUGGACUUCUCUGCAACGCCACUAGGCUGAGCUGACCUUUAACAGACUCUAAUCAAUUGAUGGAGUUCGAUCUUGAAAACCCAUUAACAAACUUCAAUGACUUCUGCCCUGGGACUACUAUCCCUUCCCUCUUCCUGGUUGAAUCUCAUCAUAUGCCCAAAGAGAACUACGUAAAGACUCUCAAAGCUAGAGAUCUUGAUAUUUCUGUCAGACGAGGAGCCAUCUCUUUAAUCUCACAGUUGUCUUGCAAAUCCAGUCCCUUUUUAUCAUAUCUUGCUGUCAAUUAUCUCGACCGGUUCUUAUCAAUCCAAGGAAUACCGCAACCUAAGACAUGGGUUCUAAGACUUCUUGCAAUCUCUUGCGUCUCUUUAGCUGCCAAGAUGAAGAAAACAGAGUUUUCUAUCGCCCACUUUCAGGGGGUUGGAGGUUUCAUAUUUGAUGCACAAACAAUAGAGCGAAUGGAAUAUCUAAUCUUGGGAGCACUAAAAUGGCGAAUGCGUUCAAUUACUCCUUUCUCUUUCAUCUCCUUCUUUAUUUCCUUCUUCAAGCUCAAAGACCCUCCAUUAAGGCAAGCCCUCAAGGCUCGAGCUCUUGAAAUCAUCUUCAAAUCUCAAACUGAUGUAAAGCUUUUGGUGUUCAAGCCAUCAAUAACUGCUGCAUCAGCACUUCUCUCUGCUUCCCAUGAACUUUUUCCCUUGCAAUUCCCCUGCUUUAGAAAAGCAAUUUCCAGCUGUUCAUAUGUAAAUAAGGACAACAUGUUGGAAUGCUACAAUUCGAUGCAAGACAUAGCAAAGGAGGGAUACGAAUCAAUAUUUGAUAUGGUUUCGACCUCCAACACGCCCGUCAAUGUGCUUGACCAGCAUUUUUCAAGUUCAGAAAGUGAAACAACCGAUGGCAUCGUUACAACCGCCACCACCAUACUCUGAGAACAGAGAGAGACAUCAAGAGAAGAAAAGUUAAUGAGUACCGGCAGAAUCAAACGGUCCACCUCUCUCAGGUCCAACACUGUUGAUCAUGAGGCUGUGUCAAAAGUUUUAACCAAUGGCCCAUUUUGAGAGUGACCCUAGCUCCUUCAAAUAACAAAAGCAGAAAAAAGAAAGUAAAACACUUGAAGAGGGAAGGACAAAAGGAGACAUGAGAAAUGGGUGCCAGUCCCAGAGAUAAAUAUGAGAAGUUGAUGUUUAAUAGCCCAAUCACUUCGCUGCUGUGCUACGUGAGUCCGAGUCGUAAUGGCCAAUCCACUCCCUCUCUUAGGUAGAAUUGGAGGGCGAAAAAGAGAAGAAGAUUUUGUUUCCUUUUCGUUUUAGGUACCAAACGAAGACAAAAUAUAACUUUGAAUUGUGGGGUUGGAUUUUUGUUUGUCUGCUUGGUGUUACUGUU